UUUAAAAAUAUAUUUCUAUAAUAAAUAAAUAAAUGUAGAGGAAUUUAAUUUAAUAUAAUCAAAAUUACAAUAUACAACAAUAAAUCACAGUGAAUAUCAAAUUCAACUUUAAAGGAUAAUGCGCAUUUGUUUCCAGCGCAACGGAAUUACCGAAACCAUUUAGCAGUGAUAAUGUAGAAAGCUUUCUCUCCUGUGUACAGUCUUCUUGUCUACACCAGUGAAUUCAAAAUUAAAGGUUAUGGCCCAAUUCGUAAUGAAUUUUUUUGUCAAUAAAAUGUUGUUUAAUCGAUUAAUAACAUAAAAUUUUCCAAAACAAUGAACAACUCACCAAAUCAUAUUGCAUAUCAUUUAAACAAGUUGAUUCCAAUUUUGUAAACUCAUGUGGGUUGAUAUGAGUCACAACUUAAGCAAUUAGACCUGAUUUUUACAGUUAAUGAGAACACCAGAAAACUAACAGAAAUUAACAGACAACACCUGGCCAACAAUGAAUCUUGCAGAAUUGUCAAAAUUUAGUGACAAACACAGUGAAAGUCAAUUUUUGAAAAUAAUGUCUCAUGAAUAUCAAGAACAGAUUUUCAAACUGCAGCAGGAACUGGAUGAGUUUGUAACAGAGUCUAGACAGUUGGAGAGAGAAUAUGAAAUAACUAUUGAACAAAAUGAGAAGAAAAUAAAUGAAUUAAUUUUGAAAACAAACAGCAUGCAAAAUGAAAUUGAUUCAUACAAGGCCAAACUUGAGGAAUCAAAUGAAAUACAAUUAAAGUUGAAGAAUGAAAAUUUAUUAGUGACAGAGUCAAACAGAGAGCUAAAAGAACUAAUUAGAGGAUUGGAGCAAAUAAAUGAUAAAUGGGAAACUUCACACAGAAUUUUGGAAAAAACUGUAAAUGACAUAGAAACAGCAUUUAAUACUGCUAUUGAAAGAAAUGCAUUACUUGAGCUAGAAGUUGAUGAAAAGGACAGCCUUAAAGAACAAUUCCAAAGAUUAUUAGAUGAAAAAAUAGAAUUAUUUCAAGAUUUGAAAGCAAAAGAAAAACAUACAAGAAAACUAAAAGGCGCAGCUCCUCAACCACCAAAGCUUAUUGAAGUUAAAGACGCUGAAAGUCAAACGAGCCCAAAGCGUAAAAUUAAAUUUAAAAUGUUUAGAACACUCUACACAUUUUGUCGCAAAUGAUAUCGUCAAUGUUAAUGAACUAACAAAUUAAUCAGUAUUUUGAGAUGUUAUCACAAUGUUUAAACAUUUGUUUGAAGUGCACUUACAGGAAUCAGAUGGACUGACUCACUAGUGAGUAAAAUGUGAUUGAUGAUGAUUGUUACAAUUAUUUAUAUUAGUAGUCUAAACUUUUCUGUGAUAUGUGUUGAUUUGCUCAUUUGAAAAGUUUCGUAUGUACUUACAAGUUAAAACAAGUACAUAAAUAAAACACCACAAAUUUAACUGUUCACUAAUGAUGGAGUAAUAAAUUUAUUCCCCGUU